AUGGACACCAUUCGUGCCAAUCUUAAUACCCUAAUGAAAGAUGCAGCUAUGCGCUUCAAAGGAUUUCAAUACAGUAGCAAGACCCUCAAAGAGGAGGUUGAUGAGUACGAAAGGUUUGCCGAACGACUUGGACCUUACAUAACGGACACUGUGCAUUUCAUGAACGAGUCGAUCUUGCAGAAGAAGAAAAUAUUGGUUCAAGGUGGUCAAGCCACCAUGUUGGACAUUGACUUUGGUACAUAUCCAUUUGUUACUUCCUCAAGUCCUUCAUCUGGUGGAAUAUGUACUGGCCUUGGUAUCGCUCCAGGAAGCAUUGGUGAUCUCAUUGGAGUGGUAAAAGCUUAUACAACCAGGGUUGGAUCUGGUCCAUUCCCAACAGAGCUGUUGGGUAAGACUGGUGAUUUGCUCCGUGCAUCUGGAAUGGAAUUCGGGACUACAACAGGUCGGCCCAGGCGCUGUGGCUGUCUCGAUAUAGUUGCGCUCAAAUACAGCUGCCAAAUCAACGGUUUUUCAUCUCUAAACCUGACAAAACUCGAUGUACUGACCGGGUUCAAGGAAAUCAAAUUGGGCAUUUCCUAUUGUACCAAAGAAGGCGAAACGAUCGAAUCGUUCCCAGCAGACCUCGAUCUUUUGGAGCAAAUAAAGGUCAAGUACGAGGCCAUGCCGGGGUGGGAGGAGGACAUUUCCUCAGUACAAGACUACAAUGAUCUCCCAAAAAACGCCCGUCUAUAUGUGGAGAGGAUAGAGGAGUUGGUUUGUAACUUUGUAUUCCAGUCCAUUACAUCGGUGUUGGACCUGGGCGUGAUGCUCUGA